AUGGGCUCGCAUGUAGAAGACCGUGUCGCCAUUGUUGUCGGAGCCACUUCUGGCAUCGGGGUUGAUAUUGCCCGGGAUCUGGCCACACGAGGAUGGAAGAUUGCCUGUGUAGGUCGGCGUCGCGAUGCUGGAGAGGCUCUUCUGAAGACCCUCCCUGGCGACAAUGUUCGGUUCUUCCCUGCCGAUAUCUCCAACUACGAGGAGUACGCGAAUGUCUUUAGGGAAGUCCACAAGCUAUGGGGCCAUAUCGAUGCACUAUGUGCCAAUGCUGGCAUUGUCGAUACCUCGUCUGUUUACAUAUAUGACUGGAAAAACAAGAGUGUUGACGAGGUGCCUCCGGCUCCCGAGCUGAAUGUCGUUGACAUCAACUAUAAGGGAGUAGUAUACGGCACCCAACUGGCGACGCACUUCAUGAGACACAACCCUCAGCCCGGCGGUCGCAUUGUCAUUACAGGAAGUAUCGGGGGCGUCUUCCCCCACAAGACCUAUCCUGUAUACUGCGGCACCAAGGCGGCCGUCAACCACUUCGUGCGCGGUAUGGCCCCGCUGCUGAAGCAAAAGGAGAACAUCUUUAUCAAUGUCGUGAUGCCCGGCAUGGUGGACACCCCGAUCGUUCCGCCAGAGAUGACAGCAGCUGUUACUCCAGAGUGCCUAACCCCCGUUGAGACUGUCCUGAGGGGGUAUCAGGUGUUCCUCCAAGAUACCACAGGACUGACUGGCCAGGCACUGGAAUGUUCCGUGAAGGAGUUGAUCUACUACAACCUGCCCGAGUACGGAAACGGCCAUUUCACCAAACGGGCUGUCACCGUGUGGGAACCCUUAUUCCACAUGAUGCAUGGCGAGGACUCGCAGCUGCCGGAUGCCAUUGCGUGA